AUGGCGUUGGAUAGCUUCUUUCAUAAUAAGAUUGAGAGCAUGAAGCUCGAGAUCAUCCAAGGUCAAGCUGUUCUACGAAGAUUAGAAGCUCAGCGAAAUGAUUACAACUCAAGAGUGCGACUUCUAAGAGAGGAACUUGGAUUAUUACAACAGCCAGGAUCCUAUGUUGGUGAGGUGGUAAAGGUAAUGGGUACGAAAAAGGUGUUGGUUAAGGUGCAUCCAGAAGGCAAAUAUGAUAAAGUUGUCGAUAUUGCGGAUAGUGUUGAUAUCUCAAAACUCACUGUGGGAAAGAGGGUAACUCUUCUGUCGGACUCCUACAAACUCGAAAAGAUGUUGCCGUCAUCCGUCGAUCCUCUUGUUUCCCUCAUGAUGGUCGAAAAGGUCCCGGAUAGUACAUAUGAUAUGAUCGGUGGUUUGGAUCAACAGGUAAAGGAAAUUAAGGAGGUCAUUGAGCUUGGUCUUAAGCAUCCUGAACUGUUCGAAUCUCUCGGUAUAGCACAGCCCAAGGGUGUUCUUUUGUAUGGACCUCCUGGAACAGGAAAGACGUUGUUGGCAAGAGCUGUUGCACAUCACACCGACUGCAGAUUCAUCCGAGUAUCUGGCUCCGAGCUUGUCCAAAAAUACAUUGGCGAGGGUUCAAGAAUGGUCAGAGAAUUAUUCGUCAUGGCAAGAGAACACGCGCCUUCCAUCAUCUUCAUGGAUGAGAUCGAUUCUAUUGGAUCAUCACGAGUGGAAGGGUCUUCAGGUGGUGAUUCUGAGGUUCAAAGAACCAUGUUGGAACUACUGAAUCAAUUGGAUGGUUUCGAGCCAACUAAGGGAAUUAAGGUUAUCAUGGCGACCAAUCGUUUAGACAUCUUGGAUCCAGCACUUUUACGACCAGGACGUAUUGAUAGAAAGAUCGAGUUUCCACCGCCAACCGUUGAGGCCAGAGCUGAUAUUCUCCGGAUUCACAGCCGCAGCAUGAACCUGACUCGUGGUAUCAACUUGACUAAGAUUGCAGAGAAGAUGAACGGUUGUUCGGGGGCUGAAUUGAAGGGUGUUUGCACGGAAGCUGGAAUGUAUGCACUGAGAGAACGUAGGGUCCAUGUCACCCAGGAGGAUUUUGACCUGGCGACAGCGAAGGUAUUGAACAAGCACGACGAUAAGGAAGUCAGUCUAGGGAAGUUAUGGAAGUAG